AUGCUGAAAAGGCAAACUCGAGGUUUCCAUGAAAAUGUACUGAGCUCGCAACUUGCGACUGUCACGAACGCUCAUUCUGAAUCUGGCAAAGAGUUGCACGUGGCCAUGAAGAUUCACUGCGCUGUGUUGGCUGCCGCGUCGCUGUUGGCGGCGCUACCGACGAGUGCAAGCUCAGAGAUGGCAGCUCCCAUCCGGGUGGCGACUACCGAAAAGCGGCUCUAUCUUCGUCGAUCUCUGUCGGAUACGACGACUGGAGAAGAGGAAAAUGGCAUCAACAAUAACGAGUCGAGCGCCUUGAAUGAGGCAGAGGAAGGAUUUGAGGAAGAAAAGAACCUGCAAACGCAAGCUCCAACUACAGACACUAAAUUCAAAUCCGAAGAAGAGGUUUUCGAUGAAUUGGAAGAGAACAUUGAAAUUACACCGACUAAUCCACAAGAAACGUCGGACGAGGUUGAAGAAGAAGAACUCGACGAGGAAAACGAGAACUUGACAUCGACGUCGACGAGCUCGUCUAACGAGUCAUCUGUCGAUGUGGGUGACGCUGAAGAAGAAGACCAAAGCCCUCAAACCCCCGAAGUAAUUACCACAACAGCGGUUAAUCUAGAUGAGGUGGUUGAUGAAGCUAUGCGAGAAGAGAAAAGUACCGAAGCCCCGAUAAAUUUAUCAACGACGACUGUUGCUGAAGCAAAGACGAAAUCUGAAGGCAAGAGCGUGCAAACGUCGUCUAGUUGCUCACGGGCGGAGCCGGUCUCUUCUACCGAGGCACCAGUUGAGGUGCCUGACACUGAGAAUGAAGAAGAAUCUGAGGAAGAUGAGCAAAACACUGAAAACCUCACGACGAAUCUAAAAACUGAGACCCCGACGUUCGCUGAAGCCGAGGAACAAGCGUGCGGGACCGAAGACCAGAGCGUGCGAACCCCUUCUGUUGGGAGUUGUGGCUCUUAG